GGGGAGGACAAUGAAUGGAUAAUGCGUCUGUCCCACUCCAAAAUGAAGAAAAUGCCAGUGAGAAUUAUGGUAAUAUGGAAAUUAGUGUCUUUCAAAUUGAGGAUUAGAUACCAGUCUACCGGAUCCAAAGAAGCUGCCACAAGUCAAGAUUUGCUAGCUUGUGAAACCUGUGGAAGACAUUUUGCACAAGAUGUUCUGUUAAAGCAUGAGACAAUAUGCAGGAAAGUCUUCAACAAGAAGCGCAGGCCUUUCAAUUCUUUGAAACAGAGACUGCAGGGAACUGAAAUUCCCUCAGUGAAGAAACAGCUACCACCAAAGAAUAAACCAGAAAAGAAAUCUAACUGGAGACAGCUGCAUGAGGACUUCAUUAAUGCUAUUCAGUCAGCCAAGCAAGUCACAAAAGCCAUGAAAGAGGGCCGUCCCCUUCCUCCUCCUCCACCUCCAAGCAUCAAUCCAGAUUAUAUUCAGUGUCCUUACUGCUUGAGAAGAUUUAAUGAAGCUGCAGCGGAGAGGCACAUCAGUUUUUGCAAAGAACAAUCUACGCGACGUGUAUUUGCACCAGGCCAGAAAGGAACGAAACAGGCCCCAGGCAAGCAACAAAUGACUAAAAGGAGAGAACCAACCUUAACAAGUGCUGUGGAAUCACUGCUGCAGAACAGAGCCCAAGAAGCCACCAGUAUAGGGCCUGCUGUGGAGCCCUGUGCUGGAAUUCCAGAGAGAACCAAAAAAACCCAGGUGCAUCUUCUGGAAAAAAAAUAAUCCAGGAGAUUCUUGGCUUCCAGCACAGGGCAGAAGAUAGGUGGCAGAUCACCCAUGACUCACAAUGACUGCUUUAUGUGUACAGAACGGCUAUUGAAGACCCUAGGAAAGCAGCUCCAUAAAACCAUCUGCAUUUCAAGUGUCACACAGUAUAUUAUGUGUGUUGUUGAUUACAAUACAAUCUGCAAGUUUUUCUGGGAUAUGAUUUUUUUUUUCUAGUGCCCUUUUUACAGAAUAAUUGAUUUAGGGGAGGUUAAAUUCUUCCCCACUUAUGACUGAAUGUUUAAAAGAGGAUUCCAUCAAGAUAUUUAGUUCUUUUAAGCACCAUGGUGAAUGUAAUGAAGUGCACUGAGGACCAGGCAUCCAAGCAGUUGGCAUGUCUAUCUUGUGGCUUCCCUGACAGAGGUGUAUCUCAAUCAUUAAGGAAGUAUAGUAAAGGGUCUGAGGUUCUCCCUCUUCACCCCAUCCCAGCUCAUAGUGUGAAGCAAUGCCAGCUGGGUCCUUCCACCUGAGAGAUCAAAAUCUGGCCUAUACUUGACACUUAGUGGUGUGAAAAAAAUCCAUACCCCUAAAGCAGUAUAGUUAAGCUAAACUAACCCCUGGGCUGUGUCUAGACUGGCAAGUUUUUUGCGGAAAAA